AGGCCAUAAAGAAAGAAACAACAAUUUUUGUCUUUGAAAGGAGCAUGAUGUUCAACAUAAAAAUUGUGGUUUUUGCAAUAUUAAAUGCAGUAUUAACUGUAAAUUCUGCUAAGAUCCUAAUAGUGUUCAAUCAUUUUGGGAAGAGUCACUACUUUCAAGGAAAAGCAUUGGGACAUGGAUUGGCCAGAGCUGGACAUGAAGUUACUAUGGUUAGUCCAUUUCAAGAUCGUCAAUAUGUGAAGAUGUACAAUGAAAUUGUUUUGGAUGGUAUCAUGGAUAACCUAGGCGUGAUUCUAUUCAGUUUUGGUUCAUUUGUAAAUCCUUCUCAAUUGAGCCCUCGCGUCAAGCAAGCUUUUGUUAAGGCAUUGGGCAAACUCAAACAAAAAGUUUUGUGGAAAUCCGAUGAAGAUAGUUUUUUGGGCAAACCAAACAAUAUAAAGUUAAGUAAAUGGCUACCACAGGAAGAUAUUUUAGCUCAUCCCAACUGCAAACUUUUUAUCACCCAUGCUGGCUUUCUAAGCACAAUUGAGACCAUUUAUCAUGGGGUACCAGUUUUAACGUUUCCUUUAACUGGAGAUCAAGAUUUGAAUGCAUUUAGGGCAGUGGAAAUAGAUAUGGGACAUACGGCGGUACUUCGUGACAUAACAGAAGAAAAACUUGACUACUUCUUAGACCAGCUUCUUCACAACGAUAAUUACAGGCAGAAUGCGAAGAAACGAUCGGAAUAUACAUGAGACCGUCCCAUGAAGCGAAUGGAUUACGCCGUAUACUGGGUGGAGUACGUGAUCCGCCAUAAAGAUCUAUCCCAUAUGAGGGUAGCUGCUCUAGAACUGACUUGGUAUCAAUAUUUUCUUAUAGAUGUGAUUCUGGUCUGGUGUUUGG